UCGCUCUCACUUUGGUUACAUUUACCUGCCUCAGCUGUUGUUCGUUAUUUCCAUCGUUUCGUUUCACAUUGUUAGAAUUUAGUUGCACGUUAACUACCAACGGCGACCUUGUGUUUUUUGGCGCGCUAAAAACUUAAAUUAAACAAUUUAAUUUUUCUCCGUUUCUAUAUGAAACAUUUCCACAAUUAUUUUCAUUACCCCGAAAAUCAAGACUAUCGAGCAAGCAACAUAAUUAUAAACAUUUUCGUAGUGUCUCAUGGCAGCAAGUAAAUUUAUCUUCAAAACAGCAGUAGCAGCACAACAAUUCGAUGGAAUAUGUUCGAAAAUAUCAGCAUUCUAUUUCGAUUUGGAUAAUACAUUGAUACCCACACGGGCCGGUGAUUCCAAAGCUAUACGUAAGCUCGCCGACGUUCUCGAGACUCAGUAUAAUUUUACCAAAGAUGAAGCCACAUUGGCUAGCCAGAAUUUCCUAAAGUCGUUUCGCCGGUGUCCGGACAACUCGCAGACCUCCUUGGACUCGUGGCGCACCCAUUUGUGGCGUGAAUCAUUGCUGGCCAAGCACAAGCAUCUGGCCGAACUGAUCUAUCAGCAGUGGUUAAAGUUACGCUAUCGUUAUCUGGCCAUACCAGCCGAUUAUGUACAAUUGCUGCAAUGUAUGCGGAGAGCGGGCUAUGCACUGGCCCUUAUCACCAACGGACCAUCGAAUGCCCAAUGGGAGAAGGUGGCAAAAUUGCGGGUACGUGGAUAUUUCGAUUGUGUGCUUGUCUCGUCGGAUUUGCCAUGGGAGAAACCGCAUCCCGAAAUCUUUUAUGCUGCCUGCAAUUUCCUUAAUGUCAAACCACACGAGUGUGCCAUGAUUGGGGACAAACUGGAGACGGACAUUAUGGGUGGACAUCUGGCCCAGUUGGGUUUAACAUUAUGGACACCAUUGAAUAGCAGCAGCAGCUCUGCCCAAUGUCUUGACGAUGUUGAAUAUAAGCCGCAUAUUAAACUUAAUAAUCUGUUGGAAAUCUACAAAUAUUUUCCACGUCUAAAUGCCUGUGCUGUGCCGGAAUCCAGCCUCACAGCCAAUAGACGACGCGGCAGUCAUUUAAGUGGCAUCGGAAGUUCUUCAAGCAAUAGCAAUAAUGGCAGCAGCGGCGGAAGUGCGGGGAGUGCCACAUCAGGAACAGGAGCUGGUGGUGCUGGCAACACAUCCAGACAAUGGGCAUAUAGACGUGGCGGAUCAUUGCCAGCCAUGGAUUGUUCCAAUAGUGAAACUGAGAACAGUUGCGAUAGUUUUCUCUAAGAGAUUUUAUGCGACCGCCCACAGCUCACGCUGCAACUCUCUAAUUCCCAUUCAAAACUCUCCCCUAGAGGGAAGUUGAGGAAAUUAAAUGAAGAGGACACAAUGAAUAAACAAAAAAAAUAUAUAUGUACCUUCAGUUUACAAAACGCAAAUCAAAACAAAAACAAAACAAACAAAAAAAUAUAAAAAACAGAAACUAAAAACGACAAAACAAGGAUGAGGAGGAUGAGGUCGCAGAUCCGUGGAAACCCCAUGACAUUUUGUUAACCGAUUGCAGGAAUAUAAAGUUCAACUAUUAUGUAUAUAAAUGACGAGAUUUAUGAAUCUCGAUUUGAUAAAGAUAAUAAUGAUAAUGAUAUCUCUGCCAUUUAAAUUUACAAAUUAAGGCUAGGAACAGAUUUUCGAAAUGGAUAUAAAUGAUGAACAAAAACCGCAAUUACCUAAAAAAAAAAACACGAUGUACUUUUCUAAGUGACAAAAACUUUUCUUGACUAUUUUAAAAAAAAAUAAUAAUAAUUUCUGAGCUUACGUUUCGUUAACGUUUUGUUAUGUUUUUAUAAUUACAGAAUUAAGAAACUAAACAAAAAAAAAAAAAAGAAAAUGAGAAACUAAAACUAAUAAUGUUAAUAAAGCAUAGAAAUUGUUAGAGUAAAAAAA